AUAGAAGAUGGUAAAGAAUAUAUUGGAAGAUUAGCAAUCUCUGUAUAUCCACGAUGGAAGACAGAAAGUAAAGUGGCAAUUAUAGAAUAUAUUUGUUUAAAUACGCAUAUCCCUGUUCCCAAAGUUUAUUAUUGGAAUAGUUCUGUCAAUAAUCUG